UUACACCAUUUCAAUUUUCACCUUAUCACUUCCUCCCUACUUCGUAUUUGUCUCCUCCAACAAUGGCGACCCUCUCAUUUUCUCUCCUCCCCAAAACCCUAAAAAUCCCUUCAUCGAACCCCCUUAAACCUUCAACCUCUCUCCUCCCAAAUUCCUUCACCCUUCAAUCAUGGAAGUCGAAUCACAACACCCCACAUUCAAGAAGACGAAGCCUCGCAAUUAGGGCUGCCGGUGAUGGGGAUUACUCUGCUAAGAGAAGCAACAACAACAACAACAAUGGUGAGCAGAGGGAGACGAUAAUGUUACCGGGCUGUGACUAUAACCAUUGGUUAAUUGUUAUGGAGUUUCCUAAAGACCCUGCUCCUAGUAGAGAACAGAUGAUUGAUACUUACCUUAAUACCCUUUCUACUGUCUUGGGAAGCAUGGAAGAGGCAAAGAAGAACAUGUAUGCGUUUAGUACCACAACCUACACUGGUUUCCAAUGUACUGUAGACGAAGAAACGUCUGAAAAAUUCAAGGGAUUGCCGGGAGUUCUAUGGGUAUUACCCGAUUCUUACAUAGAUGUUAAAAACAAGGACUAUGGAGGGGACAAGUAUGUUAAUGGUGAGAUAAUUCCUUGCAAGUAUCCCACCUAUCAACCUAAGCAACGCAACACUGCAAAGUAUGAGAGUAGAAGGUAUGAAAGGCGACGAGAUGGUCCACCAGGAACUCCUCCCAGAAAACCUAGACAAGAGACUGCACCCUCUGAAUCAGCCUCCUCGUAAGGUUAACAAUUGCGUAAAGCAAAGCUUUUGGAGAUACUGUUUGCAUUUUGCUAAAUACCGAAGGAGCAGUAAUGCGCGCAUGGUCAAGUAUAAGUUUACACAUUGCUGCGGUGGGAGGAUGUGUUGCAACAGUAUUUUAUUGUAAGGCAGUAAGGCCAGCAAGGUAGUUCAGUUCAGUCCACUCUUUGGCUGGUGCUUACAAGAAUUUUGUUAUCCUUCUUUGCUCUUGUUUGCUGUCAAAUAGACUGUACAUUUUUGUUCUUAAUUAAAGCAUGUUUUCAUUGUUCUGUC